AAUACAGCACCGGGUUACUGUGUAAAAAUUGAAAAACUCUUAGGGCGAUGCUACUGUUACAUGUUGUUAGGACAGCGUGUUGUAAUGCAAGGAAUUGGUGGAAACGGAUAUCAAUUACGAGUAUAAAUAACUUCAGAUGCUGGGACUGCUUGCAACAAGCUCCAAACUAUCAGCAUGUAUACUUCAGAAACAGGCGUCUCUUUCGUUACAGCACAAGCUCUGUAAAAAACAUGGACGAAAUAUUAACAAGGACUUUGGAUUCUUUACCCUCAUAUGAAACAAGAGAGAAGUCGCCGCCACCCCCCGAGUCCAGUAGUUUGGAGUUUAUACAAUUUUACAGAAGUCUGGACAAAUCUCAGAGGCCUGCAUUUCUGGCCAAACUUUCUUCAGAUUUUGGGGUCGACCAUAAGUGCGUGGCAGAAUUAGCUGCGAAUGUAAUGGACUCCCAGAAGAGGGAUAUAUCGACUGUGUUGCAAGCGGAGGACAGGUUACGGUACUGCUUGACUCCCAGAUAUAAAGUGCUGCUGAAUCACAUUAGCAGGGUGGAAGGCGGGGUGAAAUUUCUCGUGGACCUGAAAGCAGAUGUUAUAGAAUUCCUUGCCUCGAAAACCAAUGACAGCCCGCACAUCAGGGAUCUGAAUGGCACCUUGAAGAGCAUGCUGUCAGAGUGGUUUUCCGUGGGGCUGUUGAGCCUAGAGCGGGUCACUUGGAAAUCACCUUGCGAGCUCCUUCAGAAAAUUAGCCAGUACGAAGCUGUUCACCCGGUUAGAAACUGGACAGAUAUUAAGCACAGAGUGGGCCCUUACAGGCGCUGCUAUGUGUUCACUCACGGGGCAAUGCCAGGGGAGCCCUUGGUGGUUCUACAUGUCGCCCUGAAAGAAGAGAUCUCUGAUAACAUUCAGACCAUAGUUCGAGAAUUCUCUUCUCUGGAUUCUGUGGAAGACAUCAACAGGGUCAAUGCUGCAGUCUUCUACUCCAUCUCUUCAACCCAGCCAGGUCUGCAAGGGGUGGAGCUGGGGAAUUACCUCAUCAAGAGGGUCGUGCGGGAACUCCAGGGGGAAUUUCCUCACUUGAACCAGUUCUCCAGCCUGUCUCCCAUCCCUGGCUUCACGAACUGGCUUCUCGGCCUCCUGAAUGAGCAGAGGAAGGAAGGCCCCAGCAAUCGGAUCCUGUCAGACAUGGAGUUCAUGGACAUCGAGGAGAUAACUGGGGGGCGAGCGUACGAGACCAUGCAGAAGCUCCUAAGCACCAACGAGUGGGUGAGUUCGGAGCGUCUUGUAAAGGCCUUGGAGCCGGCACUCAUGCGGCUGUGCGCCUGGUACCUGUACGGGGAGAAGCACCGCGGAUACGCUCUCAACCCCGUGGCCAACUUCCACCUGCAGAACGGAGCCACCAUGUGGAGGCUGAAUUGGCAGGCCGACACCAGCCCCCGGGGCCUGUCAGCCUCCUGCGGGAUGAUGGUAAACUACCGAUACUUCCUGCAGGACACAAGCCCCAACAGCGGCAGGUACCUGAGGACAAAGGAAAUCGAAGCUUCAGAUCAGAUUCGGAAUUUGGUUUUGCAGUUUCAAAAAGCCAGCAAGCUUUAAGUAACUUGGGUUACUGGUACACCCCUGUGGGUCUUUCAGUCCAUUCCAAUUCAGGACUUGGUUCCAGUAACUUCAAAUGUUUCUUUUUUUUUAUGAUGUCUUUGUAUGAUGUCUGCAUUUACACUGAGUGGUUCUUAAUUCUUCCAUAUUUAGUAAUUUGUUGGAGCUUGGUUUGAGCUGGUCUUGAGAAUCCUAACUGCCUGGAAUUGAUCAGACUUUGCCAAUCAAUUCAAAUCAUGUGACAAUGUGACCUUUCUGUUGGCCCAACCUACUUUACACAUAUAGAGAGGGAGUAGAUGGGACCAACCAAGCUGAAAAUUUGUCACAUGAUUUGAAUGGAAUUGGGAAGUCCUGGGCAAUUACAAUUUAACAAACAAGUUCAGACAGGUAAAGACAGAGAAAAAAUACUCAAGUGCAGAGACGCAGUACUGUGAGUAAACGCACUGGCAGCGCAGAUUUAUUAAAUAUAAUGUUUAAACACAAAACAAAACACUCAAAACAAAAGGCAUGAUGUCCAAAAUAGACAGACAAACAAAACACAGCGAACACUAAACAUUGUGCUAAGAUAUUUCAGCACGAGUAGCAAUUGUUAUCUUUCAUGUGGUUUUCUCUGCCCUCUCUCCCGUACCUCCUCGCUGUACACCCAACCCCGUGUGUGUGAAACACUCACUGUUUUAUGCAGCUGUACCGAGACUCGAUUGCUAAUUAAUCUUUCACUUGAAUCUUGGCACAGUCUGCACAUGGACUAAUUAUGCAUUCCCUUGACCCCAUACACAUACCCACUUUAAUCUGCACAUGAAGUGAUUGUGCAAUCCCUGUGCCUAAAUACAAGUAUACAUUUUAAAUCACCUGUGCUACGUAACCCACACUCUGUGCACCAAUACAUACACACAAUGUAAAACAUAAAACACAAAAAUUCGCACAGGGGCGGGGUACCCUGCCACAGCCUGGUUGGAACAAGACUAGUUUCAAUUCAGUAAUGACAUGGUUGGAAUGGAAAAGGUGCUGAACUGGAGCAGACUGAAAGAAUCACAAGUGAGUGACAGGCAGUUGAAUCUAGGAGACUCCCUGUUAUCAAUGACUGCCUGGUACCAAUAACAGUAACAAAGGUUUUUGUUGCCUUUGAAUCACCCUGAAAUGUGGUCUUAUCAGUGCAACAUACUGUAUUUAAAGCUCUUUGCAGUAGGAGCUUGUAUACAACUGGCAUUUCCAAAAAAAGUAGUCAAAGAAGCACUUUUGAUUUCCUAAUGAUUAUGCUGUUUAUUUGCAUUUAUAAUAAUAUAUUUUGUCCUCCAGGGCUUAUCUUUGUGAUACAUGAGCUGCCUUUGCACUACCGUAUUCCUUCGAAUUUAAGACUCACUUUUUGAAGCAUUUUUUGCUAUUCAAAAAUAGCCUGCGUCUAAAUUUGAGUACUGUAUAGUGAUGCAUGUAUUAAAAUAGGCAACAAAAGACACGACUACCCGAGUACACAAACAGCAACCUGACUGACUGCUGAGAAAAGACAACAAAGGCGUCUGCCCGAAUACACAAGCAGCAACGUGACACUGCUGGGAAAAAAAACAAACCAAGCUUCCUCAGGAAUUCCAAGAGAAACGUUUACAAUUUCAGCAUUUCUAACAAACAGUACCAGCUUGGACAAAUCGGAAAUGCUGAUCAGACCCCCCAAUUUUUCGCAAUGUUCAAUGCUGUUGUGGUUGCUGGGUUACUUGUUGCCUGAUUUUGUGGAGUGUUGUGUCGUGCUUGCUGUUGCCAGGAUGUGUGAUGCCGUAGUGAGUGGUGGUAUGUGUACGACAGAGACAUAUUAUACAGUGCGCAGCACAAUAAACAAGCUCCAUGGUUAAUCUACAACAACACUGUUUCAUGUUAGUUUUGUACGCUACAACAGCGUAAUUGAGGUUGUAUCUUUGUAAAUGCAUAUUUUAUUUGAUGUUUUAUUUUUUCCUCAAAUUGAGGUGGUAAAUUUGGGCUGUGUCUUAAUUUCGAGGGCGUCUUAAAUUCGAAGGAAUUAGGUAAUUUCCGUUCUUGCUUUUAACUGGGGAAACAUGGUAUUACCCAUUGAAAUAAAUGCCAUUUGAAUUCAUCCAUUAGAGUGAUUGUUUAAUAAAGCUAAUUGGGAGGAUGUAUUACAGUUACGAAGUGUGACUUCUGAACUAUUGUUCACAUACUGUAAUGUGUGUCAACUCACAUUAAAGCUGCA